AUGUCGCGGCAGAGCUCCCUCCUCAGCUUCUUCUCCAAGGCCCCCAAGGCGCAGCCUCGAACCCAGGCCCCGGUCCCGGCCCCGGUCCCGGGCCGGGCCUCCUCCCCGAGGCCCAAGGCCGGGGGGCGCCGGGCUCGGGCCCUCCCCCCCGCCGCCGCCGCCGCCACGGACCCCGGGCCCCAACGGCGGGGCCGCGGGGGCCACAGGGACCCCAAGGACCCCAAGAAUCCCCACAGCAACGCUUGCGACUUCUCUCCGGGGGACCUGGUGUGGGCCAAGAUGGAGGGCUACCCUUGGUGGCCCUGCCUGGUGUACGACCACCCCACCGACGGGACCUUCCUCCGAGGGGAGGGCAAAGCCCUCCGGGUCCACGUGCAGUUCUUGGACGACAGGCCCACCAGGGGCUGGGUCAGCAAGAGGCUGCUGAAGCCCUAUACGGGUUCCUCGUGUAAGGAAGCCCAGAAGGGAGGGGUGUUCUUCAGCGCAAAGCCCGAGAUCCAAAGGGGGAUGAGGCUGGCCGACGACGCCCUCGGGAAGGACAAGAGCGAGCGGCUUUCGCUGGCCGUAUGCGACGAACCCUCUGAGGCUGAGGAGGAGGAAGAGGAGGACGAGGAAGAGGAGGACGAGGAGGAGGCAGAGGCGAGCGGGGCCUCGGCUCCCGAGAACAACGGAGAGCGGGAGAGCGAAGAGGAGGAAGUGAGGCCGCGGAGGCAGCGGGUCACGCGGGGCGCCGCCGGCCGGCCCAAGAAGCGCCGGGUGGUGUCCGACUCGGAGAGCGACCACGGGAGCUCGGACGCGGACUUCCAGCCGGACGGCGGGGAGGCGGCCAGCAGCGACGACGACGACGAGGCCAGCAGCGGGGUGGACGAGAGCGACGGCGAGGCCUCCUCCUCCGAGCCGGACGCCGACGGCCCCGCCAAGGCGGCCGCGCCCAAGCGCAAGCGGGCGUCCGCGGGCAAGGGGCGGGACGGCGGGGGCGAGCCGCCCCGGCCCCCCGGGCGGGCCGCCGAGGUGGCCUCCGAGACGAGGGAGGCUCUGAAGGCCUUCUGCGCCGGCCCGCAGGGCGCCGAGCCCCCGGCCGCCGGCGCGGGCGGCGACGGCCCGGCCCCCUGGUACCACGAGACCCUCCCGUGGCUCCAGGAGGGGCGGCGGCGGGACGGCCGGCGGCGGCGGCCGGAGGACCCCGCCUACGACGCGACCACCCUGUACGUGCCCGAGGACUUCCUGAACACCUGCACGCCGGGCAUGCGGCGCUGGUGGCAGCUGAAAGGCGACAACUUCGACCUGGUCAUCUUCUACAAGGUGGGCAAGUUCUACGAGCUGUACCACAUGGACGCUGUCACCGGGGUCACGGAGCUGGGGCUGGUCUUCAUGAAGGGCGGCUGGGCCCACUCGGGCUUCCCCGAGAUCUCCUUCGGCCGCUACUCCGACGUCCUGGUGCAGAAGGGCUACAAGGUGGCGCGCGUGGAGCAGACGGAGACCCCCGAGAUGAUGGAGGCCCGCUGCCGGCGGGCCGGCCACGUGUCCAAGUUCGACCGGGUGGUCCGGCGGGAGAUCUGCAGGGUCAUCACCAAGGGGACGCAGACCUACGGCGUGCUGGACGGCAGCCCCGCCGAGACCCACAACCGCUACCUGCUGAGCGUCCGCGAGCAGGACGGGGCGGCGGCGGCGGCGGCGGGGGGCUCCCCGCGGGCCUUCGGGGUCUGCUUCGUCGACACCUCGGUGGGCAAGUUCCACGUGGGCCAGUUCGGAGACGACCGGCACUGCUCGCGCUUCCGGACCCUGGUGGCCCACCACGCCCCCGUGCAGGUCCUCUUCGAGAAGGGCAACCUGUCGGCCGAGAGCCGGCGCGUCCUGAAGGGCUCCCUGGCCUCCGCCCUGCAGGAGGGCCUGGCCCCGGGCUCCCAGUUCUGGGACGCGGCCAAGACCCUGAAGACGCUCCUGGAGGAGGGCUACUUCGAGGGGGCCCCGCCGCCCCCGGCCCUCCGCGCCCUGACGGCCGGGACCGACCCCCUGGGGCUGACGCCGGCCGAGGGCGGCGAGCUGGCCCUGUCCGCCCUGGGCGCCUGCGUCUUCUACCUCAAGAAGUGUCUCAUCGACCAGGAGCUGCUGUCCAUGGCCGACUUCGAGGCGUUCGUGCCCGUGGACCAGGCCGCGGGGCCGGGGCCGGCCCGGCCCGACGGGCGGGCGGUGCUGGACGCCGUGACGCUGAGCAACCUGGAGGUCCUCCGGAACGGCACGGACGGGUCGGGCGAGGGGAGCCUCCUGCAGCGGCUGGACUCGUGCCGCACGCCCUUCGGCCGGCGCCUCCUGAAGCGCUGGCUGUGCGCCCCGCUCCGCCACCCGGCCGCCAUCGAGGACCGCCUGGCCGCCGUGGCCGACCUGGCCGCCGUGCCCGACCGGGCCGCCGAGGCCGGCGACCUGCUCCGCCGGCUCCCGGACCUGGAGCGGCUGCUCAGCAAGAUCCACAGCAUCGGCUCGCCGCUCAAGAGCCGGAGCCACCCGGACGGGCGGGCCGUCAUGUACGAGGAGACCACCUACGGCAAGAAGAAGAUCGUCGACUUCCUGUCGGCCCUGGAGGGCUUCAAGGUGGCGGCCGAGGCCGCCGGGGCCCUGGGGGCGGCGGCCGGCGGCUUCCGCUCGGAGACCCUGCGCCGGGCGGUGGCGGUGCGGACCGCCGACCCCGGGGGCCGCUUCCCCGACCUGACGGCGGAGCUGAGGCGCUGGGACGCCGCCUUCGACCACCAGAAGGCCCGCCGGACCGGGGUCAUCACCCCCAAGGAGGGCUUCGACCCGGACUACGACCGGGCCGGGGCCGCCAUCCGGGCCGCCGAGGACGGCCUCGGCCGCUACCUGGAGGAGCAGCGCCGGCUCCUGGGCUGCCAGGCCGUGGUCUACUGGGGGGGCGGCAAGAACCGCUACCAGCUGGAGGUGCCCGAGGGCCUGGCCGCCCGCGACCUGCCCGGGGACUACGAGCUCAAGUCCACCAAGAAGGGCGUCAAGCGCUACUGGACCAAGGCCAUCGAGAAGCGGCUGGCCGAGCUGACGGCCGCCGAGGAGCGGCGGGACGCGGCCCUCAAGGACUGCAUGCGCCGCCUCUUCCACAACUUCGACCUCAACCACCGAGACUGGCAGGCCGCCGUCGAGUGCUGCGCCGUGCUGGACGUCCUGCUCUGCCUGGCCAACUACAGCCGGGGCGGGGACGGUCCCAUGUGCCGGCCCGUCAUCGUCCCUCCCGGGGACGGCGUCCCCCCGGUCCUGGAGCUGAGAGGGUCCCGCCACCCCUGCAUCUCCAAGACCUUCUUCGGGGACGACUUCAUCCCGAACGACAUCGUGAUCGGCUGCGAGGACGAGGCGGGCGCCGGCGGCGGGGAGGCCCUGUGCGUGCUGGUCACGGGCCCCAACAUGGGCGGCAAGUCCACCCUCAUGAGACAGGCGGGCCUCCUGGUCAUCCUGGCCCAGCUGGGCUGCUACGUCCCCGCCGAGUCCUGCAGGCUCACUCCCGUUGACCGGAUCUUCACCAGGCUGGGCGCCUCCGACCGUAUCAUGUCCGGUGAAAGCACGUUCUUCGUCGAGCUGAGCGAGACGGCCAGCGUCCUGCAGCACGCCACCGCCCACUCCCUCGUGCUGGUGGACGAGCUCGGGAGAGGCACCGCGACCUUCGACGGCACGGCCAUAGCGCACGCCGUGGUGAAGGAGCUGGCGGAAAACAUCAGGUGCCGCACUCUGUUUUCCACGCACUACCACUCGCUGGUGGAGGAUUAUUCCCACAGCCGGGCAGUGCGGCUGGGACACAUGGCCUGCAUGGUGGAAAACGAAUGCGAAGACCCGAGCCAGGAAACCAUCACCUUCCUGUACAAGUUCGUGCCGGGGGCCUGCCCCAAAAGCUACGGCUUCAACGCCGCGCGGCUGGCCCACAUCCCCGAGGAGGUCAUCCGCAGGGGCCACCGCAAGGCCAGGGAGUUCGAGGGGCUGACCGAGGCUCUGCGUCUGUUCCGGGAGGUCUGUCUGAUCGCCGAGAACUCAGCGGACACCCGCACCCUCCGCGCGCUGCUGAGGCCGGGCGAGGAGCCGUGAGCGGCGGGAGAGAGCCGGGGG